UUUUCCUCCCAGCCACAGAAGGAGGAUAGGAGGGAGAGGGUUGUUUGCCGUCCGGUAAUUAAACCAAAUGUGUCUUGCAGUGAUUCAUAUAAACUUCAAGAACCCAGAGGACCCUCAGGAAUCAUGAAGGACCUUAUGGCCGCAGUCACUGUCCUGGCUUUAGUGAUGCUGUCAGAGGCCCAACAUCAGCCUGGAUUUUGUGCUUUCUACGAUGAGUGUGGUCGUAACCCAUCCUUAGGGGACACUCUCAUUCCUCCUAUCGUCCCAUGUCUGAACUACAGCCCAGCCCGACACCUCACAGGUGAACACUACAGGAGGUUCAAGGAGGUGUGUCCCAUGUUGGACCAAGGAGAGGAAAACACAUACGGCUGCUGCUCCCUUGGACAGCUUACAUCUCUGGAGAGGAGCCUGUCCCUGUCCAAAGGUGUGCUGAACCGCUGUCCUUCGUGUGCGGAGAACUUUGCCCACAUGCACUGCAUGGCCACCUGCAGCCCUAACCAGACAGUGGCAGUCAAAGUCACCAAAGUUAUGAAUGUCACCUAUUUGGGCCAGCCAAAGGAUGCGGUUGUGGCCUACAGCGCAUACAUCAACAAUCAAUUCGCAGAGACGGCUUUCCAGUCUUGUAAAAAUGUCCGGCUACCAGCAACAGGAGGCUUUGCCAUCUCUACCAUGUGUGGUCGGUAUGGGGCCACCCUGUGCACCCCUCAGCGCUGGUACGACUUUCAGGGUGACUCCAGUAACGGGUUGGCUCCUUUAGACAUCGACUUCCAUCUGAUAAAGGGUCAUGACACCACAGGGCUGCCUGAGGGUGUGAUUCCUUACAACGGGCAAGCUUUAAAGUGCAACGAGGUCACACCAUCAGGAUCCGAGCCCUGCUCCUGUCAGGACUGCAAAGACUCCUGUCCGAGUCUGCCUCCUCCUCCGCCCCCUCCAGCACCUUUCAGAUUGGCCGGGAUGGAUGGAUUCCUUCUCAUUUCUAUCAUUUUAUCAUGCGUUCUGAUAUGCGCCUUCUUGCUGUAUGUAUUUGUUUCUUUCCGGAUGAGCUCUAAAAAAAAAAAAGAUCAGGGAGGCGGAAAAAGAAAGGACAAAACUAAAGACAUCUUUCAAAGAAAGAUUCAUCCUUCAGAGGUGACAUGUGCUAACAAGACCAGCCUGGUAGCUCAAGAUUUCCUGAGUUCACUGUUUCAACGUUGGGGAACCUUGAUGGCCUCGUAUCCCCUCACGGUGCUCCUCUUCUCAGCAGUAGUUGUUGCUGUCCUCUCUGUUGGCCUUAAGUCCAUUGAGCUCACAACGGAUCCAGUUGAGCUAUGGUCUGCUCCAAAUAGUCAGGCCCGCCAGGAGAAGGACUUUCAUGACAAGCACUUUGGCCCGUUCUUCAGGACAAACCAGCUGAUCUUAACGGCCCCGGACAAAAAAGGGAGCAUUUAUGACUCUCUGCUAUUUGGAAAACAGAAUUUCAGUGGGAUUGUUUCCAAAGAUCUCAUCAUCCAGCUGCUGGAGCUCCAGCAAAAAAUACAGCAAAUUGAAUUCUGGUCUGAGGAUCUCAAUCGCACAGCAUCUCUGAAGGAUGUGUGCUACGCUCCACUAAACCCGUCCAAUCCUUCCCUGACCGACUGCGCAGUCAACAGCCUGCCACAGUACUUCCAAAACAGCCUGGAAAACAUCAACGCCAAAGCAAAUAUGACAGAGUUAGGGGUGACCAAAGAGGUGGACUGGAGAGACCACCUAAUCUACUGCCUGAACUCCCCGCUGUCCUUCAAAGACAUCACUGCUUUGGGAAUGAGCUGCAUGGCCGACUACGGAGCGCCGGUCUUUACCUUUCUGGCUGUGGGAGGUUAUGAAGAUGAUGACUACACCAAUGCAGAGGCUCUCAUCCUAACAUUCUCCCUGAACAACUUUCCUCGUGAGGAUCCCAAGUUUAAAGUGGCUUUGCAGUGGGAGAAGGAGUUUCUUAAAAUUGUCCAGGAUUAUCAGAAAAACCCAGCAACAAACUUCACGUUUGCCUACAUGGCAGAGAGGUCUCUAGAGGAUGAGAUCAAUCGAACAACGGCAGAAGACAUUCCCAUCUUCAUGAUCAGCUAUCUUGUAAUCUUUGUGUACAUCGCUGUGGCUCUGGGAGAGUACUCUUCAUGCAAACGCUUACUGGUGGACUCCAAGUUUUUGGUGGGUCUGGGUGGAAUCCUGGUGGUCGGCUGUUCGGUCCUGGCUUCCAUGGGUUUCUACUCGUGGAUUGGCAUUCCGUCUUCACUGGUCAUCUUGCAGGUGGUGCCUUUCCUUGUGCUUGCUGUUGGAGCUGACAACAUCUUCAUCUUUGUUUUGGAGUACCAGAGAGAUGUAAGGAGAGCUGGAGAGACUCGGGAGCAGCACAUUGGUCGAGUGCUUGGACAUGUAGCUCCCAGCAUGCUCCUCUGCAGCCUUUCAGAGUCUGUUUGCUUCUUUUUAGGGGCCCUAUCUACCAUGCCAGCAGUGAGGUCCUUCGCUCUAUAUGCUGCUUUGGCCGUGCUUAUGGACUUCGCCCUGCAGAUGACAGCUUUUGUUGCACUUUUGUCCCUUGAUGCUCGGCGCCAGGUCAAGAACCGCUGUGAACUCUUCUGUUGUGUUUCCGUGUCAGCCAAGCACUCCAACAAGCCAAAUGAGGGCUUUCUGCUGCCCCUAAUGAGGAAAUACUACGCCCCGGCCCUGUUGAAUCGUUACACAAGGAUCUUUGUGAUGGUGGUGUUCAUCCUAAUGUUCUGCGCGUCCAUAUUCCUCAUGUUGCAUGUGAAAGUGGGUCUGGACCAGGAGCUUGCUAUGCCGACAGACUCGUACAUGCUGCGCUAUUUCAGUUACCUGCACAAGUACUUUGAAGUUGGCGUUCCAGUUUACUUUGUGACAAAGAGAGGCUUCAACUUCACCAGUGAGGAGGGCAUGAAUGCUGUGUGUUCCAGUGUGGGCUGUGAUCAGUUCUCUCUCACGCAGAAGAUCCAGUACGCUACUAACUUCCCUGACUUAUCCUACAUUGCAAUUCCUGCUAAUUCUUGGGUGGACGAUUUCAUUGACUGGUUGAACCCUGGAUCCAGAUGUUGUCGACUCUACACCCUCGGUCCAAACCAAGGGGAGUUCUGUCCAGCAAACAUAAGUUCUCUCUUAUGUGGGCGCAAAUGUAUGAACGCUUCUGCAACCAGUGCCAUCAGGCCCAGUGUAGAACUGUUCAACCGCUUCCUCCCUGACUUCCUGGGUAACAGACCUGAUCUGCAGUGCUCCAAAGGGGGUCUCGGAGCUUACGACACAUCGGUAGUAAUAGAUGGCGGGGGAGAAAUAAUAGGAGCAAUUUCCAGCCCAGUCAAGGCAGCCGGGGAUGUGAUGAAUAAGAAGCCUGUGAAUGAACUCACUUUUCUGGUCAUUGCAGCCUCUCGGUUCAUGGCUUACCACACAACUCUGACCAACUCUCAGGAGUACACUGCUGCCCUGCAGAAGGGCAGAGAGCUGGCCAGCAGCAUCACAGAGGCCAUGAGGAAAGUACCAGGGACAUCUCCAGACUUUGAAGUGUUCACUUACACGCUGACUAAUGUGUUUUAUGAGCAGUAUCUGACCAUUGUGCCAGAGGGACUCUUCAACAUCUCCAUGUGUCUAUUGCCAACUUUCGUGGUGUGCUGCCUUCUGCUGGGUUUAGACCUGCUCUCUGGCCUGCUCAACCUGAUCACUAUAAUCAUGAUUGUUGUGGACACAGUUGGGGUCAUGACUUUGUGGAGCAUUGACUACAAUGCAGUGUCCCUGAUCAAUCUGGUGACGGCGGUGGGAAUUUCAGUGGAGUUUGUGUCUCACAUGACCAGAUCCUUCGCCCUCAGCACUAAACCCACACGUGUAGAAAGAGCUGCAGAGGCUACAGCCAACAUGGGCAGUGCAGUGUUUGCUGGUGUUGCAAUGACUAACCUGCCAGGCAUCCUUGUUUUGGCCUUUGCCAAGGCCCAACUCAUCCAGAUUUUCUUCUUCCGCCUAAAUCUGGUCAUUACACUUCUUGGGUUGGCCCAUGGACUAAUAUUCCUCCCUGUGCUCCUCACUUAUUUUGGUCCUGGUCUGAAUAAAGCCAUCCUGUUGCAGGCCCAGCGGGCUAACCAAAGUCAGGACACAAUGAGAAGAGUAAAAGAAGCAUAUGACAACAUCAGCUAUGUGGACAACGACGAAACGAACCCAGGAACCAGCUCAAACUCCACAAGUUCUUCAGGGGACGACAAAAAACCUCCAGAAGCUGCAGAAAGAAAGGAGAAGAUUGAGCGCUUAUGAGGUGCCAAAACUGUUAUCGAGUUAAAUAUUUACCUCAAUCAAAAAUGGACUCAAGGGACCAAUAACAGUGAUACAGUGCUUUAUUUUAGUGGAAGUAUUGCAACAAUCACAAUGCAAAGGCUGUCAGAAUGAUACUGGACAUUGUCAUUUUGUUUUCUGUUUUUGUACUGGAUUUAAUUGUUUUGUAUUUGUACACACAUUUCAUUAUAGCACUUUUUAAAGUGACACACACUCCAUGACUUUUCCCUAAACAGUAAAAUGCUGCAGAAAGAAUGCAAUCAGACCAUGUAAAAAAAAACGUUUACUUUAAAAGCACUCGUCUUCAUUAAAAUGGUCGUCAUGGGAGUUUUUUUAUGACGAGUGAUUAGACGUUACAAAUACACACCAAUGCAGUUUUUUUUUGUUUACUCUAAAUUUAUUUCUGUUUAACAAGGGACUGGUGCGCCUGCUUUUUUUGUCUCCUUGUGCCAGCUGGGCCUCUGAUGCAAUAAUAAAUACAUAAAUAAAAACACACUUUCUA